AUGACGGAUAAAGAAGGGACAGGUGAUGGAGAACAGGAUGAUAUCUCAUUUUUACGGACGGGUGAUAUCGUUGCAAUGACAUGUAUGGCAUCAGCAAAUCGUGAAGGUGUUCUCGGUUCUGAACGAGUUUGUCUCUGUACUGAAGGGUUUGGUAAUCGCAUGUGUUCAUUGGAAAAUGUUUCAGAUCGGGACAUUCCACCAGAUAUAUCCAUGUGCAUGUUGUAUAUUGAUAAUGCGUUAUCGGUGCGAGCACUUCAGGAAAUGAUGAGUAAUGAUAAUGAAUUGAGAGGAACAGGUAGUGGCGGAGGUCAUAAAACCCUGUUGUAUGGUCAUGCAAUACAACUCAAACACGUCCAAAGUGAAAUGUAUCUCGCUUGCUUGUCAUCAUGCUCAUCCAACGAUAAAUUAGCAUUUGAUGUCGGCGUGCAAGAAAAUAAUGAAGGUGAAGCAUGCUGGUGGACGAUUCAUCCCGCUUCCAAGCAGCGAUCAGAAGGCGAAAAAGUUCGUGUGGGUGAUGAUGUUAUUUUAGUUUCUGUUGCAACCGAACGAUAUUUGCAUAUGACGCAUAGCAAAGGAUUCAUGGUAAUUGCAUCAUUUCAUCAAACACUUUGGAAUAUCACUUCUGUGAGUUCGGGAAGUGUACGAAUACGAAAUAUGGGCGCACUUUUCGGUAAUGAUGUCUUGCGACUUUUUCAUGGUAACGAUGAAGUUUUAACGAUUCCUGAAAAUUGGAGCGAACAUCCGCAACAUAAUAUGACAAUCUAUGAAGGUGGCGCUGCUGUAUCACAAGCCAGAUCAUUGUGGCGUAUCGAAUUAAUUCGAGUAAAAUGGCAUGGAGCGUUAGUUGGUUGGGAACAACCAUUUCGGAUAAGACAUAUCACUUCUGGAAGAUAUUUGGGUGUCAUGGAAAAUGUCAUUCAAUUGUACGACAGGGAUAAAGCUGAAUUCGAUGCAACUGCUUUCGUCAUGUAUCAAACUAAAGACUUAAAGAAACAACUGAAGGAAGAAAAAGAAGAAGGAAUGGGUGUUGCAACAAUUCGUUACGGUGAAACAAAUGCUUUUAUUCAGCAUAUCAAAACAGAGUUAUGGCUUUCAUAUCAGACAUCAGAAAUAACGAAAAAAGGUCUUGGUAAAGUGGAAGAAAAGAAAGCGGUGGCACUAAAAGAUGGUCACAUGGAUGAUUGUUUUACAUUUUUCAUGGCGCUUGAAGAAGAAUCCAAAUCGGCUCGCGUCAUCCGGAAAUGUUCAUCCGUACUCAAUCGAUUCUUGAAGGGUAUUGAAGCACUACAACGAGAAGGCAAACAAGCACAAGAUUGGAAUCGUGUUGAUCUAAGCGAAGUGUUAAAACUUAUGGAAGAUUUGAUUGAGUAUUUCUCGCAACCUAAUGAAGAUGAUUUUGAAGCAAGUCAAAAUCGUUUACGUGCACUGAGAAGUCGCCAAGAUUUAUUUCAAGAAGAAGGUGUAUUGAAUAUGAUUCUGGAUACUAUCGAUAAAUUUUCACAAAUGGAAGCAAUGCCUGAUUUUAUUGUACUUCUUAACGAUGAUACACAGUUGAUGUGGGAAGAAAUCUCGACUUACUUGUAUCUUCUUGUUGCUGCAAUGAUCAAAGGGAAUCACUACAAUUGCGCACAAUUUGCAUCAGCUCAACGAUUGCAAUGGUUAUUUGGGCGAUUAUCAAAUCCUCAAUCUGCAGAAGGUAUAUUGGAUGUAUUAUACUGUGUGUUAACUGAAUCACCAGAAGCACUGAAUAUGAUCAAUGAAAGUCAUAUCAAAUCGGUAAUAUCACUUUUGGAAAAGGUCGGAAGAGAUCCUAAGAAUAUAAUUGCUCAACAUUUAUUACCUGGAAAGGAUUUGUUAUUGCAAACGAAAAUGAGAGAUCAUGUGAGCAGUAUGACGCCGAAUAUUGUAGUUGGUGUUGUUGAGGGGAGCUCACAAUUUCGACGAUGGUAUUAUGAAGCAGAAGUUGAGUAUAUCGAGCAGAUGACCAAAACAGAACCAUAUCUUCGGGUCGGAUGGGCAAAUAGCAUGGGAUAUAAACCGUUUCCUGGCUCCGGUGAUGGAUGGGGUUGUACUGGUGUCGGUGAUGAUUAUUAUUCAUAUGGAUUUGAUGGUCGAUGUAUUUACUGCGCAACUAAAAAACAUGUUAUUUGGACUCGAAAACUACAGAAAGGAGAUAUUGUUGGUUGUUUGCUGGAUUUGAAUAUUCCGGAAAUAAGUUUUACUGUUAAUGGACAGCAAACCACAGGGAUAUUCAGAAAUUUCAAUAUCGAUGGAUUUUUCUUUCCCGUUAUGUCACUUUCUGCCAAAGUUAGUUGUCGCUUCAUGUUCGGUGGUACAGAAGGACGUUUGCGCUAUGGACCACCUCCUGGAUUCAGUGCUCUAAUUGAAACAGCAGCAAAUCAAUUGGAAAUAGGAGAAUGUGUUUCGUUCGGUGAUAUUGCGAAGAAUGUAUAUACUGGCUCUAGCAUCUUACGUCAGAAUGCGGAACCAUUCGUACCGAAACUGGUCGAUAUCUCUACUAUAGUACUACCUCACUUCGCAAUGGAAAUUCAUGAAAAAUUGGCGGAAAAUUUGCAUGAAUUAUGGGCAAUGCGAAAAAUUGAACUUGGCUGGAGUUAUGGAGAGGUAAGAGAUGAGAAGACUCGCCGUCAUCCAUGCCUUACAUCAUUUCAACAAUUACCACAAAAUGAAAAAACUUAUAAUAUCAAUCUUGCCAUUGAUACAAUGAAAACAAUUGAAGCAUUAAGAUAUCAUAUGAUCCUAGAAGAAUGUCCUGUUCGCAUGCGACCUUUACGUCUUCCUCAAAACUAUCAACAAAGCAAUGGAUUUAAACCACAACCUUUGGAUUCUCAUGGAAUUGUUCUUGGUGAAAAUAUAUUCCCGUUAAUUGAUGCUUUAGCUAAAAAUACCCAUAAUGUUUGGGCGAGAGAAAAGAUUCGGCGUGGUUGGACUUUUGGCCUUAGUGAGUUUGUAAAUACAAAUCAGAAGCGAAGCCCACAUUUGGUACCAUACGAGGUGGUUGAUCAACGAAUUAAAGAAGCUAACAGAGAAUCAGCUACGGAAUUUAUCAAGACUUUGCAACUGUUCGGAAUCUUCUUAGAACCACCUGUUUUAGAAUACGAUGAAGGUGCGGAAAAAGAAUUGAAAGCAACAAAGGCAUUCUCGCGAACUUAUCGUGCCGAAGCUCUCUAUGCAGUUUCUAGUGGCAAAUGGUACUUUGAAUUUGAGGUGCUCACAUCGGGAUUUAUGAAAGUUGGCUGGAUGGAUGUAAGCGCACAGUCAACGGAUGAUAUUGGAAUGGAUGAUCGGUCAUAUGGAUUUGAUGGAUAUUUGGCACGUAAAUGGCAUCAAGGAUCUGUUACUUAUGGAAGGGAAUGGAAAAUUGGUGACGUAGUUGGAGCAUUUCUUGAUCUUAGCGAUCGUACCAUAUCAUUUUCAUUGAAUGGCGAACUAUUACUGGACCCUUCCGGAUCCGAAAUGGCCUUCGAUAAUGUUCUCGUCACAGAUGGCUUUGUACCAGCAAUGACAUUUAGUGCAGGGCAGAAAGCAAAAUUGAAUUUUGGCCAAGAUUCAAAUAGUUUGAAAUAUUUCACUACAUGUGGUCUUCAGGAGGGAUACGAGCCUUUUUGUGUUAAUAUGUAUCGCCAAAUGCCAAUGUGGUACGCUAAAAAGUUACCUCAGUUUGAAGAUAUCGGAUUGAAUUCAACAAUGGAAGUUUCACGAAUACCGGCAACUGCAAAUAAUCCUCCAUGUUUAAAAAUUACUCAGAAAGAGACCGAUACAGGCGAUGUGGCAGCGCAGGAAAAGGCUAAAAUGGAAUAUAUUCGAUUAUCUCUACCGGUUAAAUGUGAUGACAAAUUUCAACUAAAUAAAGAUAAGGAAUCAAUAAUGCGUUCCAUACAUGAAAUUGAAAAACGUUUGGCAGAAGAAGCGCAUCCUGUACCUACGAUUAUGCAUCCAGCUAUCCCAAGAGAAUUUAGUGGCGAUACUAAAGUAAAUAAGAAAUCACUUGGCCGAUCGUUACUGUCGGCUUUUAAACACAGUAUCGAAGAUGAUGAAGGUUCAGCACGCUCAAAACCGUUGUCAGUUGAUGGUGACCAUCAUCUUGCAGAAACAUCUGACAUAAGAAUAUCUGAAAGUAUGGUUGAAUUAUCAAAUAAUGAUGAUCAUCGACAGGGAAAACAUAAGCGAGGCGGUUUAAUGGCCAGAUUUCAUCAUAAGAAAAAAGAAAUAAUGUUUAGCGAAAAUAGGCGCACAACAGGCAUAUUGGCAAAUGCUGGUGCUAUUUCUCCAGAAGGAAUGCCAUCUCCCACAUCAAAAGAUAACCAAGAUAUGCCUCGAUCAGGCCCUGGACGAUCCCGACGAUUUAUGACAUCAGGCAAAUCGAAAAGAAAUAAGAAUGAAAGGUUAUUGGAAAAUCGGAAGCUAUCAAUUGCAGCUCGGGAACAAAACGUUAUCGAAGAAGGAAAUGUACUAAACGAUGUGCGCCCAAUGAUUGAACUCAGUGAUAAGAUCGAUGAAUUCUACUAUGCAAUUCGAAUUUUUCCGGGACAAGAUCCUGCAAAUGUUUGGGUUGGUUGGGUAACACCAAAAUAUCACUUUUACGCAGAGCGUUUUCUUACUGGAGAAGCUGUCCGACGUUGUAAAUUUCAGGAAAUGAAUAAGAAUGUUAAUGAAGGAGAAAGCCUAGAAUAUCGAAAUUGCUAUGUAAUGAAUGCCGCCGAGUUGAUGCAAUCAGUACCAGAUCCAGGAAAUACGAAAGUAUCGGGCCUGUUAGUCGGUUGUCUCAUCGAUACAUCUAUUGGAGAGCUAUCAUUUUUAGCUUCAGAACAAGAUACCGGUUUCCGAUUUAAGCUCGAACCUGGUGCCAUUCUCUACCCUGCUGCAUUUGUCGCACCAACAAGUGCCGAAAUUUUGCAAUUCGAACUUGGACGAAUAAAGUACACUUUCCCGUUAUCUUCGGCAAUGUUUAAAUCGUCACACAAAAGUUUGUUACCAUUUUGUCCACCACGAUUAACAGUUGAGAAAUUAAAUCCUGUUCACUGGGCUCGAGUACCUAAUGAAUGCUUACGUACAACGGCUCUCAAACUUUCUGAUUUUAGAGGCUGGUCUGUCCUCUGUGAUGAUCCGGUACGUAUAAUGUCUAUUUAUGUACCAGAAAAGGACACAAGUUAUGAUAUUCUGGAAAUGACUGAGCAUAAUGAUUUCUUGACAUUCCAUCGACAAACUCUCAAUCUGUACUGUAAACUAGCAGCACACGGAAAUCAGAAAGUAGCGCAUAUUUUAUGUUCACAUGUUGACGAGGAUCAGAUUAUGUAUGCUGUGAAGAGUCACUAUCUUUCGGGACCGCUUCGACAAGGAUUCCAUGAUUUUCUAAUAGCCGUUCAUUUACGAACAUAUGUUGAUGCACGACAAUCUACCACUCAUGAAUAUGUUAUUCCAUUGAAACAAAAUCAUGAAAUCAAAAAUGUCUUUCAUCCGGAGAAUGAGGAUCGUUUCCCGCAAAUUCUCGGACCAACAAUGUCCAUUAGACCGGUAAUAGUGUGCAGUGAAGUGCGCAGCGAUUUUGGAAUGGAUGCAGAAUCAAAACUUCAACCGCCUGCGAUUAAUUUCGCUGCCUUGAAGACUCAUGUUAUGUCAGCACUAAGUAGCGCAAUCGAACAUGCUGUUAUCAAUUGUCGUGAUUUGAUUGGUGGGAAUUGUUCAAAUCAUUUUGAACCACUUUUCAAAUUGUUCAAUUCGUUGUUGGUAAUUGGAAUAUUUGAUGACGAUGAUCUAAAAGAUGUCCUGAAGUUGAUUCAUCCUGUUGCUUUUGAUGAAAAUUAUGUGCCAGGCUUGAAACAGAAAGGUUUGCCAGAAAUUGAAUUGUCAGAGGGAGUGAAAAUUCAACUUACAAUCAUUCUUGAAAAUAUUUGUGACAUCCAACUGAGACAUCGUGUUGAAUCGUUGGUCUCAUUUGCUGCUGGAUUUGUGAGUGAUUUACAGCAAGACCAAUUUACCAGGUAUGUGUCGAUUAAGCAAGCAGAUAUGACCCCAGCUGAAGCAGCUAGACGUACCAAAGAAUUUCGAUGUCCACCACGCGAACAGAUGUUCCGGUUGGUGAAAUGCAAAGCGGUACCGGAUGAUAGUGUAGGUAUAAUGUUGGAUGAUGACACGGAAUAUGACCAUUGUCCAAUGGAUGAAACAUUGCAACAACAAUUAAAGGAAUUUUGUUCACUAUUAGUGAGUAAAGUGGGAUGUACAAAGAAUGAUGAGAAUAAACUCUCAGAAUUGAUAGUUCUGGAAGAAGCAAAUUCAUGGGUGGAUCAAUUGGCGCAACUUGUUAUUCGGGUACCACCACCAUUGACAGGCAAAAAUAAUGAUAUAAGUCAUAAUGGAACUGAAAAUUUCAGACAUAUGAUUUGCACAAUGUUGAAAUCUUGGGCAGCAUCAUCAGUGAUUGAAAGUAACGAUUUGAUCCGAAAGAUGUUCAGCCUUCUUUUGCGUCAGUAUAACGGUGUUGCUGAAAUGAUCAAAGCUUUAUCGCAAACAUAUGUAUUACGUGAGCGUAACAUCGAGGAUGUGCAAGAUUUCAUUGAAAAUUUAGUACAAGUUCGGGAACUACUCAAUGUACAAUUUGAAAGUACUGAAGAAGCGGUCCUAAAAAGAGGAUUAUGGAAACUCAUGAACAAUCGAAUUUUUUUCCAACAUCCCGAUCUGAUGCGCCUUUUAACGGUACAUGAGAACGUGAUGUCCAUUAUGAUGAAUGUUCUCACAGCGCAACAAGGUGCUGCUAAUCACAGCGAACACGCAGAACCAGUGGAAAGUGACGAAGAAAUUGCAAAUGCGCAAGAAUCUAAGGACUCAUCUGAAAUGGUUGUUGCAUGCUCACGUUUUCUGUGUUAUUUCUGUCGAACUUCACGUCACAAUCAAAAAGCAAUGUUUGAGCACUUACCAUUUUUAUUAGAUAAUGCAACUAUGCUUCUUGCAAGGCCCAGCUUACGAGGUUCGGUGCCACUUGAUAUUGCAUAUUCGAGUUUUAUGGAGAACAGUGAGUUAGCUUUGGCUUUGAAAGAGGAGGAACUUGAUAAAGUUACAGUAUAUCUUAGUAGAUGUGGAUUGCAGCCAAAUUCAGAAUUGAUCGCAAAAGGUUAUCCAGAUAUUGGUUGGGAUCCACUAGAAGGUGAGAGAUACAUUGAUUUCUUGCGAUUUUGCGUUUGGAUCAACGGCGAAAGUGUGGAAGAGAAUGCGAAUUUAGUAAUACGGUUGUUAAUUCGUCGGCCGGAAUGUCUUGGUGUUGCACUGAAAGGUGAAGGACAAGGAUUAUUCUCAGCAUUUAAGGAAGCAAUCGCACUUUCAGAGGAUAUUCGAGCAUUGGAAGAGGAUAAAAAUCACGCUGUCAUCCAUAGUGCAUUACUAAGAGAACAAUCACAUUAUCCAAACAAAGAAACUGAAGGUGAUAAUUAUGUUGAUCUCGGAGCUGCAACACUCGAUUUCUAUUCGUCACUUGUUGACCUACUGGCUAAAUGUGCUCCGGAUAAAAUUAACAUACAAGCUGGAAAAGGCGAUUGUAUGCGCGCUCGUGCUAUAUUACGCUCACUAAUUUCGUUAGAUGAUUUGGAUCAAAUUCUAGCUCUGCGUUUUACUAUACCAAAUUUGAUAGCUUCAGUGGAGACAGACGAUGCUGGUCCAUUACCUGGUCUUCUUCCAAACCAUAAACAAUCAGUUCUUCUAUUCCUCGAUCGUGUUUAUGGUAUCGAUUCACAAGAAAUGCUUUUCCAUUUUCUUGAAAAAAGUUUCUUACCCGAUCUUCGGGCUGCGACAAUGAUGGAUUCGCCAUGCUCUGUGGAAAGUGAUACAGCAUUGGCGCUAAAUCGUUAUUUAUGUAAUGCCGUGCUACCUUUACUUACCAGUCAUUCGCAUUACUUUGCUGAUGCCGAACAUCAUGCUGCACUUCUUGAUACUACGCUCCAUACGGUCUAUAGUAUGAAUCGUUUACGAUCAUUGACAAAAAAUCAACGUGAUGCGGUAUCAGAUUUUUUGGUUGCUAUCACUCGCGAACUUCCACCAGCAAUGAUGGUGAAACUGAUGCGUAAAGUUAUCAAUGAUAUUCAGGAAAUGGAUGAGAAUAUUUUGGUUCCAUUAAGGAUUCUAACAUUGCAUUAUGAACGUUGUACGAAAUAUUAUGGAUUGGGUAACAUCUAUGGAAUGGCUUCUGAGACAGAGAAGAGAUUGUCCAUGUUGCUUUUCUAUGCUAUUUUUGAUUCGCUUGGCAGUAAACAGUAUGAUCCAGAAUUAUUCGGGAAAGCUCUUCCAUGCCUGACAGCUAUUGGCUCAGCAAUAUCACCGGAUUAUACUCUGACGACAACUGGCGACGAUACGGACAAAAUUCAGAAAGCGAAAGAUCACGGAGUCUGGGAUCCAAAUCCGGUUAAUGUCAGCGAAGUUAUUUUUGAUGAUGAUCUGAAAUCAGUCAUUGCUAAAUUUGCGGAACAUUUUCAUGAUUCAUGGGCAAGCAGAAAGAUUGAAAAAGGGUGGAAUUAUGGCGAGCUAUAUUCACGUCAACAUCUCACACAUCCAAGAUUAAAACCUUUCGCACUCUUGCCUGAUUUUGAGAAGAAUUUCUAUGAAGAACGCUGUGCAGAAUGUUUGCGUGCUCUAUUAGUAUGGAAUUAUUCGAUCGAGCUAGCAGAUCAUGACGCAGCCGAUAAAGCUAUCCAAAAUAAUGCUUCAUUAGGUACUUCGAUUGAAAAUUUCAAUCCCAAACCAGUGGAUUUAUCGAAUAUGACAUUAGAGAAAGAUAUGAUGGGUAUUGCAGAGAAAAUGGCGGAAGAGUCCCAUAAGAUAUGGGCUAAAAAGGUGUUCUCAGAUUUAAGCAAUGGCGGUACAAUGCCACCGCAACUUGUGCCAUGGGAUUUGUUGACCGAUUUUGAACGUCGAAAAGAUCGAUUUCGAGCUGCAGAAAUUCUGAAAUUUCUUCAGUAUCAUGGAUAUCACGUUUGGUGUUCCGAUAAAGUUGAGCCAUCUGCGGAGCGUGUUAAAAUUGAUAGUGAACGUAGUUCGGUGGAAAAACGAUUUGCAUAUAAUUUGCUGAAGAAACUUAUCCAAUAUCUCGAGCAGUCAUCAUUGAAAAUGAAAACAAUCAAGCCUAGUCAGGAAUUGACCCGUCAAAACAGCUUUAAAAGAGAAAGUCAAGAUGUGAAAUUUUUCGAAAAGGUACUACUACCUUUGAUGCAUGCAUAUUUUAAUGCGCAUAAGAAUUAUUUCUUGGCCAGUAGCAGUAUCGUGCAAACCGGAAUGGCUUCCGAUAAGGAAAAAGAAAUGGUUGCGAACUUAUUCUGUCGGCUGGCAUUGUUACUUCGUUUAAAAAAUCAUGCUUUCGGAAGUGUUGCAAAGAUAACUGUACGAUGUUUACAAGGCCUUAUUCAAGCGCUCGAUUUGAGAACAUUAGUGAGAAUAAAUUCGGACAUUUUGCGUACCGUUUUACUGACAUUUUUUAAUAAUUGUGCUGAUGAUCUAUAUUCUGCCGUGGAAGAGGUUAAAAACGGUGGACAAUAUUCGUUACUGCGUGGCCGGAACUUGAAAUCAUGGGUGUCAUUGGAAUUUGCUAAUCAAAUGAUUAUUCCUGUAUUAACAACAAUGUUUGUACAUUUGACUGUAAAUCAUUUUGGCAGCGAUUUGUUAUUGGAUGAAAUUCAAGCAGCAUGUUAUAAAAUUUUGGAUAGCGCAUAUCUCAUGAAUAGUUUAGCAGCAACAACUUCACAAAGGAAAUCAAUAGCUUAUGAAAUGGAUAAACAUCGUCCAGCUCUUGGUCAAUGUCUUGCAGCAUUCGCUGGUUGCUUUCCUAUAGCUUUUUUGGAAGAUCAAUUUAAUAAAAAUAAUAAAUAUUCAUUAUUAGCCAAAUCUCAAGACCAAUCAGUACAAGUACAAGAAAUGUUACAUAACCUUUUGGCACACAUUCCACAGUUGGAUAAGUUAUUAACGGAUGUGGAACAAGUGGGACAAUCAGGUACUAUGUAUCGUGAUCAACCAGCUAUUUUUGAUGUUGAUUUACCCCUUAUUUGUUCCUAUUUAACGUAUUGGUGGCAACUUGGCCCCGAUAGCAGUAAUCGAUCUGUUGUUCCGAUUACGAAUGUUAACAGUGAAUAUAUCAAUCGAAUCUUUCGUGCACUUCUUCAAAUGAUUCAUAAUCAUAUUGGUGUCGAAAAUGCUUCCUGGCUUUGUCGAAUUAAUUUUUUCUCCGUUCAAAUUAUACCAUACGUGAAUUGUGAUGUGGUAAAAGACUAUAUACUUCCAGUUACUGAACGUUUACGCCGUUUGGCGGAAAAAGCUUAUAGAGAAGAGGAACACACACGUACUCAUCCUGAUGAUGCUAAUGAAGGAACCGUUGCUGAGGAUAAUGCUCAUCUUGUGCGUGACGUGUACGCUUACUUCCCAAUUUUGAUGAAAUAUACAGAUUUACAUCGAGCGCAGUGGUUAAAAUCACCAUCUUGGGAAACAGAUGGUGUUUAUGAGAACGUUGCUAUCAUUUUUAAGAUCUGGUCCCUCUCACAGCAUUUCAAACGUGAAGAAUUAAAUUUCAUGGCUCAAUAUGAGGAUGAAUCAGUAAUUGGCGGUACUGGUGAAAUGAAAACUGGUAAAGCUGCAAUUGCGGAACGUAAAAAGAAACGACGUGAAGGACAGAUACGCAAAGAUAAACAUGCAAGCUCAAUUGUGGUAGCUUGUCUGAAACGAUUAUUGCCAGUUGGUUUAAAUGUAUUCGGUGGUCGUGAAUUGGACAUUGUGCAGCACGCGAAAGAAAAAUUCUUAGCUAAAGAACCAGAAGAUAAAAUACGUGAACUUGUUCGUUCUCUUCUUGAUAUACCGGCUAAGACGGAUCCAACAGAUAAGAAUGCUUGGCAGCUAAACCUUUAUCGUAAAAUUGAUAAAUCCCAAAUGAGAAAUAAAGAUAUAAUGACACUUGAUGGAAUAGUGGAGAAAAUAACAAGUAUGGGCCAAGUGGUUGCUAUUCUACACGUUACAGAACAUCCACAAGGCUCAAUGGUUAAUGCUUGGAAGACUAUGAUAUCAAGUCAACGGAAGAGAGCUGUCGUUGCUUGUUUCCGGAUGAUUCCACUCUAUGGAAUACUAAGACAUCGAGCAAUUAAUUUCUUCUUGCCAGCAUUUAACAAAAUUUGGCUGGAAGAUGAAGAUGUUGGACAAGAUGUGCUAAUUAAAGAGCUUACUUUGAAAGAUGAAGGACAAGAAGAAAUACAUAAUAGGACUGUCGAUGAAGAAGUAUUAAAUGAUGAAAAAGAUGAAAAGUCUCAAUCUCCAGAUCCAUUGAAACAAUUAAUUCAAUGCUUCCAACGUGCAGCAACAAGUGAGCAAAGUCAGACGAUCUCAAUUGCCAAUGAUUCAUUGUUUGUGAAUUUUGCUCAAGUGAUGUCAAAAUCAGUACAUAUCGAAGAUGAGGAUGACGGUGAUGACGAAGGAGAGCUUGAUCAAGCGCAAAAAGAAGAAAUAUCGCAAGCACUUCGAGCAGAACAAGCAGUUCUGGCAGAUCGCGGGGCAGCAAUAAUGUGUCUUAUGUAUUUAUCUGCUAGUAAUGGUGAACCAAGCGAUAUGGUAGCAGAAGCUCUACAACUUGGCAUACAUCUUCUCAGUGGCGGAAAUAGUAAAAUCCAAGAGAUGCUGAUCAAUUACUUGCAAUUGAAGAAGGAUGUUCGCUUCUUUACAUCAUUAGCUGGUUUGAUGAAUAAAUGCAGUGUGCUGAAUCUUGAAAUGUUCGAACGCCAAAUUAAGGCUGAAGGUCUUGGUAUGGGUGCUGAAUUAGCCGCUGCUGCUAAUCAGAAUCUAAAUGAUUCUGAAUUUACAUGUAGCCUUUUCCGAUUCUUACAGCUAACCUGCGAAGGACAUAAUUUAGAAUUUCAAAAUUAUCUUCGAGCUCAACCAGGACAUACGACAAGCGUAAAUCUGAUCAAUUGCACUGUUGAUUAUUUGCUAAGAUUGCAAGAAUCGGUGAUGGACUUCUAUUGGCACUAUUCAAGUAAAGAUGUAAUUGAUGAGAGUGGUAAAGAAUAUUUCCUACGAGCUAUUAAUGUAUGCAGUCAAGUAUUUAAUACACUUACUGAAAGUAUACAGGGUCCAUGUACUGGAAAUCAGAUGACACUUGCGAAUUCUCGUUUGUGGGAUGCCAUCAAUGGAUUCUUCUUUCUCUUCGCACAUAUGAUGGAAAAAUUAUACAAAAACAGCACACAAUUGGAACUAUUAAGAGAAUUCUUAAAUUUACAAAAGGAUAUGAUUGUGUUAAUGUUAUCCAUGCUUGAAGGAAAUGUGCUUAAUGGAUCAAUUGGUAAACAGAUGGUUGAUGCAUUAGUUGAAAGUGAGCAAAAUGUAGAAAUGAUAUUGAAAUUUUCGGAUAUGUUCUUGAAAUUAAAAGAUUUGACAACGUCACAAGCAUUCCAAGACUUCGAUACCAACCGUGAUGGUUGGAUUUCACCUAAAGAAUUUCAACGUGCUAUGGAAAGUCAGAAAAUGUAUUCUGUUGAGGAAAUAACAUAUUUGAUGAUGUGUACAGAUGUGAAUAAUGAUGGUAAAGUGGAUUAUAUGGAAUUUACGGAACGUUUCCACAAUCCCGCUCGAGAUAUCGGUUUCAACGUGGCUGUAUUGCUUACAAAUCUCAAAGAGCAUAUUACAAGUGAUCCACGUCUGGAAAAAAUAAUCAAACAAGCUAGCAGUUUGUUAGAAUAUUUCGACCCUUAUUUGGGCCGAAUUGAGAUAAUGGGUUCCAGUAAGAAAGUAGAGAAGAUCUAUUUUGAAAUUCAAGAGUCAUGGUUGGAACAAUGGAGUAAACAACAAAUAAGAGAUUCCAAGAAUUCUUUCCUUUUUAACGUACUCCAAGAUGAUGGUGGAGAUCAAGGAAAACUGGAAGCAUUUAUUAAUUUUUGUGAAGAUACUAUUUUUGAGAUGCAGCAUGCAGCAGAAAUUAGUGCUGGCGAUGCGGCAGAUUCAAAAAUUGAACGAGCAAAGAAACAACGUGAUUAUUUCUUACAACAAACUUCAGCUGGCUCACAAAUUUCGGCAACUUUCAAAACUGGAUUUAGCUAUGGAAUUAAUGCAGCAAAUGCUCUAAAGCCAGCAAAUGUAAAGAAAAUAUUCAAAACAGCUAAUGCUACUCUUAGGUCAAUGACAUGGGCACAGCUAAUAUUUGCUGUUAUUACUCUAUCAGUAAAAAUCUCAAUGAAAGUAGCAAUGUUCAUAUACCUGACUAUCUGUACAUUCUUCCGAUUUGGUUAUUAUUUGAUGACACCGGAUCAUGAUGAAUUAGAGAUGGAACAAGUUGCAUUACCAAUGCCUGAAAGCGUUGGCAUGCAAUAUGCCUCUCCAGUUUGGCCAUCUUUUCCACAGUAUCAGCGUUCAUGUAAUUACGACGUAUUUGGCGUGCGUCUGCCAUCCACUGAUCCUCAGGCAUCAGCAACAUCUCAAUCAAAAAUCGAAGUUACAAAUGCAGCGACACCAGUUCAACAAUCAGAAACUGUUUUGAAACCAUCUGUGACUGUACAACCGAGCUUAUAUGAAACCCAAAACCCUACUGCUGCUCAUUACAAUCAAAUAACUUCAUCAACAAUAUCAGAAUAUGGUGUUACCGAUUAUUAUGAGCCAAAAAUCGCUGAACAAAUUCCGCCACGUAGUCGAGGAUCAUUACUUAAUAUGUUGGCUCGUAAUUUCAAGACAAUCGAAAAAACCACACUAUAUUUAGCUUUCUUCAUCAACGUUAUUUUGCUUUUUCAUCGAAUACGAAUUUCGGAUAUCGUAACAUCAGAAGAUGAAAUUGAUGAAGAUACAGAAUCAGUUUAUAUCAGUGGUGUGAUAUUACCGUACACAUCAUAUGAGGUGACCGGAUGGAUGUUGUCACAGUUACUCUACUGGAUUAGUGUUUUGCAUGCUGUUGCAUCAUUUGCUUUAUUGGUGUCAUUUUAUCAAUUAAAGAUUCCGCUCAUAACUUUCAAGCGUGAGAAGGAAGUUGCACGUCGUUUGAUGUUUGCCGGCUGUUGGCUUACUGAGGAUGAUGAUGAAGAAAGAAGUUUGACUAAUACUGUCUUUUGGUACAUCGAUCGUAUUGUUAUCAGUUCAAAAUCAUUUCCUAUGAAAUAUUGGGAUAAAUUUGUUCGCCGGAAGACGAAACAUAAAUUCCGUGAUCAGAUUGAUGAAGAAACGUUAAUUACAAUAUUAGGUGAAGAUAAACCGGCAACUGAUACUUCCUUUGAUUACAGAUAUGCAUGUUGGCUAUGGCUUGGAGUGAUUUUGACCAAUGGGCAAUUCUUAUAUCGUGUCCACUAUUUACUUUGCUCAGCACUUGGUGUCUUCAUUUCUCCUUUCUUUUAUGCCUUUCAUCUGAUUGAUGUGGUACUCUCUUUUCCCAUGUUGAAAGCUAUUUUGCAAUCUGUUACUCAUAAUUUACAACAGUUAAUUUUGACAAUUAUGAUGACAUUAGUGGUUGUCUAUUUAUAUACUGUCCUGGCGUUCAAUUUCUUUCGCAAGUUUUACGUGCAAGAAGGUGAAGGUGAAGAACCACCGGAUCGAAAAUGUCACAAUAUGUUGACGUGUUUCAUUUAUCAUUUCUACGCAGGAGUACGCGCAGGUGGCGGUAUUGGUGAUGAGUUGGAAUCUCCUUACGGUGAUGAUUUGGAAUACUGGCGAAUGCUUUAUGAUAUUUCCUUCUUCUUCUUCGUUAUCAUUAUUUUACUUGCCAUUAUGCAAGGUUUAAUUAUUGAUGCAUUCGGUGAAUUACGUGAUCAACAGGAAUCAGCAACUGAGAAAUUGGAAUCAUCGUGUUUUAUUUGUGAUAUUGGUAAGGAAACAUUUGAUCGAUUGCCACGUGGUUUCGAGAUACAUACCUCUAAGGAGCACAAUUUUGCUAAUUAUCUCUUUUUCCUUCAACAUUUGGUGAACAAAGAUGAAACGGAAUAUACCGGACAAGAGACAUACGUGCGGGAAAAAUACGAUAAUCGUGAUUGGGAAUUCUUUCCUGUUGGUGAAUGUUUCAUGAAACAAUACGAAGAUCAGCUUUUACAAUUCUAA